GGCGUGACUUCGGCGCUCAGGGAAAUAAAAGCAUAAAAAGUGAGGCGGAAGCAUAGACAGUAUAUAAGAAGGGCGGAAGUCGUUCUCACUUCGGAAACUGAUGGAAGCACUUCAAAGGAUCACUCAAAAAGAAAGAAACAUGGAUGUCCGUACUGGAUUUAUUGUUUUGUUCUGCCUAAUGGGAUUCACCUGUGCGGAGCCAGUGAAAUUCAUUGACUGCGGCUCCUCUUCUGGCAAAGUGGCCAUAGUGGACAUUAACCCUUGUGCUAGUCAGCCAUGCCAGCUACACAAAGGACAGUCCUACAGCGUCAAUGUGACAUUCAACAGUGCUGUGGUGAGCCAGACGAGCACAGCAGUGGUUCACGGUAUUAUUGCUGGAGUCCCCAUCCCCUUCCCCAUUCCCAUAGAAGAUGGCUGCAAGUCUGGAAUCCAGUGUCCCAUCCAGAAGCAGCAGGUGUAUCACUAUGUGAACUCUCUACCUGUGAAGACAGAGUAUCCUGCAAUAAAGCUGGUUGUGGAGUGGGAACUAAGGGACGACGACAAACAAGACCUGUUCUGCAUCAGGUUUCCAGUUCACAUUGUGAGCUAAGCUAGCAACACUACAGUACCUCUCUGACAAGUGUUUGUCUUUUUUUUUUAAAAGGGAUUCAGCUUUGAGUAAAAACCUAAAGAAUGUUAAUGA